GUCAAUUCCAAUUAACACGAUAGAAAUUAAUAAAAAUUAUUUGACUUUAAAGAACUAAUUAUUAUUUGGCAAAAAUUAACUAAAUCGAGAUAAAGAUUAGAUAUUGAAAGAGAACUGGAGGUGUUACUAAUGAAAAAAAUCAUCAACAAUGGAUUUUACAACAUUUAUAACAAAAAGUGCGGACAGACGAAAACCAAGUAUCAUUCGUUCGUAUGCAAAAAAAUUUGCGGAAUAUAAAAAUGCUCUAAAUCUAGCCAAUGGAAUGCCAAAUGAGACGACGUUUCCUUUCGAAGAGAUAUCCGUAACAUAUAGAGGUGGAACAAAAAUAAAAUUAACUGGAGAAGAGCUAUCAUGGUCUCUUCAAUAUGGUCCUUCUCGAGGAUAUUUACCAUUAUUAAAGAAAAUGCGAGAAUUCCAAGAACAUUGGCACAAGCCAAUACACAAUGAUUGGGACAUAGUUCUUACAUGUGGAUCGAUGGAAGGCUGUAGCAAAGUUUUAGAAAUGGUUUUAGAAAUC